GUUUGACAUCACCAUCCUGGCCAGCGGUCGCUCGGAGCUUCUCUGCGUGAGUGUGGCAGAACUCAAGGUCAUUGUUGGAGAUGAUCUCGGGGCCGUUUUGGAGCGGAACGCGAUAUCGCAGGGGCUCAAGAAAUGCCCAGUGAUCUCGCAGUUCACGGCCGGGCAAAGAGCAGAGCUCAUGAAGUGGGUCGUCGUUAAGGACUACGCUGCAGGAGCCGAGGCAGGUGCAGCGGCCAGGAUACUUAUCGUGCUGGAGGGCUCGCUGUCCGGGCUUGAAAAGGACAAAGAGGUCAAGCUCGCACGUGGUGACUGGAUUGAGGAUGAGGCAUUGCUGAAUAGCAGCAGCAAAGAAAGCUCAAUCAAGAACAUGAAGUCGGGGUCCGAGGGUGCCAAGGUGGCAAUGUUGACCCGAGACGGAAUGGCAUCUGCCUUGAAAGCCUUGGGAGUUUCCAUCGCCAACAGCGAAAACGAUGCAUCGGAUUUCACGCGGAAGAUGAUCCUGGCCAAGAAGGUUCACAUCUUCAGGCAUCUUUCCGAGGAGCAGACCAAGAAGGUCGUUGAGUCGUUUGUAACCAUGAAGUUCUCUCAGGGCGCCACUGUGAUCGAGCAAGGGACCCCUGGGACAUCCUUCUUUGUUAUCGCCAAUGGCGAGCUGGAGGUCUUCAUUAACGACAAGAGUGUGCGGCGAAUGACCCGGAAUUCCUAUAUUGGUGAGCGCGCGCUCCUUUUCCAUGAGCCUCGAACGGCCACGGUGAAGGUGGUCUCACCAGAUGCGGAGCUCUGGGCCAUCGAGAAGGCAACCUUUGAAAAGAUUAUCGCGGGCAACAUGCAGCAGCAGCUGAUGAAUCGCAUCAGGCUUCAAGAUACCAAUUUUGGCUUAAAGGACCUUAUCCAGAUCAAGGUCAUCGGUGCAGGUGCUGCUGGGGUCGUCCGCUUGGUGGAGCACAAGUCGACGGGGAUGCGGUACGCGCUCAAGCGAGUAAAGAAAGUGGAUGGAGAGGUGCCAGAGGAGGUGCAGCGCGAGUGCUCCCUUCUGAAAGACAUCGACCACCCCUUCAUCAUGACACAGGUGAAUACCUUCGAGACCAAGAAGAGUGUCUACAUUCUCACGGAGCUGAUCACUGGAGGAGAGCUGCACGGUGCAAUCAGAGAGAUACCCACCGUCCUCUCCAGGGCUCAGGCCCAGUUUUAUACGGGCUCUUUGGUUAUCGUCCUGGAGGAGCUUUCUGAGCGGAACAUCUUGUAUAGAGACCUGAAGCCGGAGAAUGUGAUGCUUGAUGCACAGGGCUACUUGAAGCUGAUCGACUUCGGCAUCGCCAAGAAGCUGCCAGAAGGGGAGAGCAAGACCUUCACAAUGAUCGGCACGCCGCACUACAUGGCCCCGGAGGUGAUGCGGGGCCAUGGCUAUGGAACAGAGGUUGACCUGUGGUCCAUGGGAGUCAUGCUCUACGAGUUCGUGUGCGGCUAUCUCCCGUUUGCCGAUGACUUGGACGAUCCCACCGAGGUGUGCACGGCAGUCCUGAAGGACCCCCUUCAGUUUGCAUCCAGCUACAAGGAUGCGAAUGGCAAGACGCUGAUGAAGGGCCUCCUCACAAGACAACCUCGUAAGCGGCUGGGCUCCGGCAUUGGCGGCUGGGAGGAUGUUCGUGGCGCAGACUUCUUCCUACAAGGUCAUCAGGGCGGCUGCGUGUUUGACAAGCUGCUGGGUCGAGAACUGCAGCCGCCCUGGGAACCCAAGGGCGAGACCUAUUGCGAUCCAGAGGAGCUUGAUGUCAACCUCAGCGACCAGGACGAGUUGGGGAAGAAGUAG